CAUCUCAUCAGAACACGGCUCUUAAGCAGCACAUGCUGAGCAGACAAGGCAGACACUGGUCUCGAGCCGAAUGCACGCUGGACUAACCCUUUCUCUCAUUUCUCUCCAGAAAGCAGUGAGUGACCGACAGCCCACCCACUUUGGAGCACGUUUGGACACUCACUUUCACUUGGAUUGAGCACUGAAGAGCACCGUGAGCACCAGCCUCCACGCACCGGCUUGCCAUCCUGCACCUGUUAUUAUUCACCGUGGAAAGAGGCACGCUCGGCCUCACAAUGGAAGAGGUUCUACAGCGCCUCGCGGAAGUGAGCAUCUGCCAGCAGCAGAUUGUAGAACACCACGCUACUCGCCAGGGCAGGGCGGAGGAAGAACUCACCGCUGUCCGUACCGCCGCCGCCCAGCGUGUUCCGCUACCUGAUCCUCGCGGCCAAGCCACCCGCCUGUUACCGAAAAUGACCGCGGAUGACUAUGUGGAAGCCUUCCUACAGGUCUUCAAGAAUACCGCUCAGUGCGAGGCGUGGCCCGAGGACGAGUGGGCACGUGCGCUGGCACCCCUCCUCACCGGAGAAGCCCAACAGGCUUACUUCUCCCUUCCCUUUGCGGCCGCCGAAGACUAUAACGAGGUAAAGCGAGAGAUCCUAGCGAGGCUCGGCUUCUCACCCGUCUGCGCUGCCCAACAGUUCCACGAAUGGGAAUUCAAGCCCCAUAUGCCAGCCCGUGCCCAGGCAGCCGAGCUCAGUCGCAUCGCUCAACACUGGCUGCUGGAAGGAAGCCCCACUGCAGCACAGGUAGCGGAGCGAGUGGUGGUCGAUCGCCUCCUCCGCGCAUUACCCCGCGCCCAUCGGCAAGCGGUUGGAAUGAGGAACCCUGCCAACACCCAGGAACUCGUGGAGGCAAUCGAGCUGGCGGAUGCCGUCCAUCACCACGAGGCCGGGGACCGAGCGCUGCCGUUUCCCCGGAGGGUGGUCCAGGCGCGACGCCCGCUCGAAGGCGCACCCCGACCGGUCAGCAGGCCGACGGUUCCCCCACCGCGGGAUGAGCCCAUGCCCAGCGCUGAACCACCAUCACCCCCGUGAGCGUGGCUGGCAGGCUGCAUCGUCCACCAGCACGUACCGUCGGGAGCCCCCGAAGCAGAGGUGACGGUGGAAGGGAAACAUUUCCGAGCCCUGCUGGACUUAGGCAGUGUGGUCACCCUCAUCCAGUCGCGGUUGUGCCCCCCUCGAAGCGGCCAGAAAAGCUUCCUCUCGAUUACCUGUGUACAUGGAGACACUCGCCAAGUACCGGCCCGAAGAAUCACCAUUUCGUCACCCCAAGGCGCCUGGCCGGUAGAGGUUGGCCUGGUGAAGGACCUGCCGGUGGCCGUACUGCUUGGGAGGGAUUGGCCCGGCUUCGACAGACUGCUCACCACCGCUACUCAGCCUGCCAGCCCCGAGGGGAACCGUCGAAGAUGGAGACGGCCUCGA